AUGGAUACUUCCAUUUCACACAGGAAGAGAACUUUGCUUAAGGUCAUCGUCCUUGGAGAUAGUGGAGUUGGGAAGACAUCAUUGAUGAACCAAUAUGUUUAUAAAAAAUUCACCCAACAGUAUAAAGCCACAAUUGGAGCUGAUUUUGUUACAAAGGAGCUACUAGUUGAUGACAAACUUGUAACCUUGCAGAUUUGGGAUACUGCAGGACAAGAGAGGUUCCAUAGUCUUGGUGCUGCAUUUUAUAGAGGUGCAGAUUGUUGUGUUUUGGUAUAUGAUGUAAAUAUACACAAAACUUUUGAUACAUUAAGCAAUUGGCAUGCUGAUUUUCUUAAGCAGGCCGAUACAGAAAAUCCUGAUGCAUUUCCCUUUGUAUUACUUGGGAACAAAAUUGACGUAGAUGGUGGACACAGUAGAAGAGUUACGGAGAAAAAAGCCAGGGACUGGUGUGCUUCUAGAGGUAACAUACCAUAUUUUGAGACCUCUGCGAAAGAGAGUUACAAUGUUGAUGAUGCAUUUUUGUGCGUGGCUAAAGUUGCAUCAGAAAAUGAACAUGAACUAGAUAUCAGUUAUUUUCGAGGAAUUUCUGAAGCUCCUUCAGAAGCAGUAGAACAGGGAAGUGGUUGUGCAUGUUGA